UCCAAAAAUAGUUAUGACUUAAUAGUAUUUAAGAAGGAUGUUCCUGAGAAACGGCGAUUCUUCUUUAACCUUUGGACUCUUCUUCUCUCUCUCUCUUUCUCUCUGCAAAUUCAAAACAGUGAAAAAACUCUCUUUUUAACUCUCUCUAUCUAUGGAGAGACGAACGAGAAGAGUCAAGUUCACAGAGCAUCGUACGGUCACAAACGUAGCAGCUAAACCAUCUAACGGCUCUCCAAGACUGGUCCGUAUCACUGUUACUGACCCUUUCGCUACUGACUCGUCUAGCGACGACGACGACAACAACGUCACGGUGGCUCCAAGAGUGAAACGAUACGUGGAGGAGAUAAGAUUCUGUCAAGGUGAGUCUUCGUCCACCGCGGCGAGGAAAGCUAAGCACAAGGCGGAGAAAGCCGUGGUUGUUGAUGACGUGUCGACGUCGGUGAAGCCUAAGAAGUACAGAGGCGUGAGACAGAGACCUUGGGGAAAAUUCGCGGCGGAGAUAAGAGAUCCGUCGAGCCGUACUCGGAUUUGGCUUGGGACUUUUGUCACGGCGGAGGAAGCUGCUAUAGCUUACGAUAGAGCCGCGAUUCAUCUCAAAGGACAUAAAGCACUGACGAAUUUUCUAACUCCGCCGACGACGACGACGCCGACGCCGGUUAUUGAUCUCCAAACGGUUUCCGCCUGCGAUUCCGGUAGAGAUUCUCGCCAGAGCCUUCGUUCUCCAACCUCUGUUCUUGGAUUCAACGUCAACGAGGAAACAGAGCAUGAGAUUGAACCGAUCGAGCUAUCUCCGGAGAGAAAGUCGACGGUUUUAAAAGAAGAAGAAGAAAAAUCGUCGGUGAGUUUGGUGUUCCCGGAUCCGUAUCUGUUACCGGAUUUAUCUCUCACCGGCGAAUGUUUUUGGGAUACCGAAAUUGCCCCUGACCUUCUGUUUCUUGAUGAAGAAAUCAAAAUCCAAUCAACGUUACCAAACACAGAGAUUUCGAAACAAGGAGAAAACGAAUCCGAAGAUUUCUCGUUUAGUUUGAUUGAUGAUUUCGAGUCUUCUUCAUGGGAUGUGGAUAAUUUCUUCGACCAUCAUCAUCAUCACUCUUUCGAUUAAAAAUCUCUACUUUGAAAUGUUUCAACUUCUUUCGGGGAUUUUUUUGUGGUGAUGAUGACGUGGAUGCAUCGUGACCGUCGGCUUACCGUUUUCGUCUGAAUGACGUGGACUGUUCAGAUCAACUGAAGCGCAAAAAAAAACUAAUAACUAGAGUUUUGUUUA